GAUUAUAUUAUUAGGCCUAAAAAAAAACAACUGGUAGGCAAAAAUAAGUAUAGAUGGUCAACCAAACCUCCAAAAAGAGCUGGUCGAACCCCUCGACGAAACAUAAUUUUCAUGAGAUCCCGACCUGCUGGAGCUGCUCGGGGUGUUACGAAUGCUGAAAAUCUGUUUUCCUUAUUUGUAAAUGAAACCAUAAUCGAUGCAAUUGUAAAGUACACAAAUCAAGAGAUUUUAAUUCAAAAAGUAAACUACAAUGAUUCAACUUUUACCAAAGAGACUACUAAUAAAGAAGUUAGAGCCUUACUCGGACUCUUGAUUUAUUUUGGAGCAUUAAAUCACAACCACACGUCUACAAAAGUUCUUUGGCACGAAAGUAAGGGCCUUUGCAUCACCAGAACUGUAAUGCCCUUAGCAAGAUUUGAGUUUUUAAUCAACACAUUACGAUUUGAUGACAAGUUAACGCGAGACGCUCGAAAGGAAAUUGACGCCCUUGCACCAAUUCGAGAGGUAUGGGAUAAGUUUAUUGAACAUUGUAAGGAGUAUUACAUCCCUGGACCGUACUGUUGUAUUGAUGAACAGCUCCUGGCUUUUCGAGGGAAUUCACGGUUCCGUAUGUAUAUCCCAAAUAAACCAGCAAAAUAUGGUUUGAAGUUGGUCAUGCUCUGCAACUCUAAUGGUUAUUUGAUCAAUGCCAUCCCAUACACUGGGAAAAAAAUGAAUACAGGAGGACAACCACAAGCUGCAUUUUUUGUGGAAAAAUUAUCAGAAACCAUUCAAGGCAGUAAUAGAAAUAUUACUGUUGAUAAUUGGUUCAGUUCAGUCCCUCUAUUCAACGACAUGCUGAGUAAAUACAACUUGACCAUGGUGGGAAAAAAAAAUAAGAAUGUACUUCUACUAUCAAACAUGCACCAGGGAUACUCCAUGCAACAGAACUCAAAGCUGCCAGAAAUAAUUCACUUUUAUAACAAUACCAAAGGCGGAGUGGAUUUGUUGGAUCAAAUGUCUGCUCAGUAUUCCUGUAGUAGGAAAACAAGAAGAUGGCCUGUGUGUCUCUUUUAUGGCAUCUUGAAUAGUGCCUGUGUUAAUUCUUACAUCAUCUACAAGGAGAACACUUUUCUGAACAAGCAAACUCCACAACCAAGAGUAGAGUUUUUAUUUACCCUGGCAGAAGGUCUGAUGAAGCCUUGGUUAGAGGAAAGACUACAAACACCAACACUGCGUAGAGGAAUUCGCCUUGCGAUUGCCGAACAACUUGGUAUCGAUGAGCCCAGACACGCAGAGAACGACAACCGACGUGCCGGAAGGUGUUGCAUCUGCCCCCGUUCCAGAGAUGUCAAAACCACUAUAAAGUGUAUUGAGUGCAAAAUGUUUGUAUGUAAAAGUCAUUCCCUAUCUAUCUGUGCUAAUUGCAGGGAAUAAAGUGUGUGAACAUGACUUAAAACUAAAACCAUACAAAAGUAUCCAAGAAAAUGUAAGUUUUUCAAUUUUCUUUUUUUAUGAGUAAAAUAAAUGUCAGAUAUGUCUUUAAAUUGUUAUUAAGGAAAUAAACAUAAACCAAACAAAUUGUUAGUUGAGGUUUUUUAAUAAAAUUUAAGUUUUUAAAACAAAAUGUUGAGUUUUUGUUUUUGGGGAACCCAGUACCCCAGAGUAGGGUUCGUGUUUCUAGAAAGUAAGUGUAGGAUUUCAGGGUUAAAA